AACUUGUGGGCAAAAUGGGUUCUUCUAGACUUGUUAUUUUCUUGUAUUUGUAUCACUCAUGGAGUGAAGUGCUCUGUACUCCAACUGAACGUGUCUCCCAUGUGUCUGAUUGGAGUAAUGCUGGGCAACUACUGCAAAAACACAAAGGACAGACUGAACAUGACAAUUCUCCCUUCCCUCAGAAACCUAGUUCCAGUGCUCAUGUGAAGUCAAGUUUUUCCGUUUCCUUGAGAAAACCUACUGCUCUAUUGGAAAACAGCAUUUGGCAAUCAUCUGUAAAAAAAGCACAUCCUAAGGAACCCAGUUUUUCCUUUGCUUCUGAGAAGUCCCGCUCCUUUUCUGUGAAGAAACCCAGUUUUUGUCUCCCAUCUGAAAAGUCAAGCUCUAAACCUGAUAAACCUAGUGCUCCUAAGCAAUCAAGUUUUUCUCACCUUUCUGAGAAGUCUGGCUCUAACCCUGAGAGAUCCAAAGCUCCUACUGAACACCGAUCUAAGCUAAAUACCCCAAGUUCUCCUCUCCCUGUGAAAUCAAGUAUUCUCUUCUCAAAGGUCAGUUCUAAACCUAAGAAACCUGGAGCUCUGAUGGGACCCAUUUUUUUACUUCCAUCUGAAAAAUUCAGCUCUAAACCUGAGAAAUCUAUUGCUCAUAUGCAACAACAUUCUAAGCCAGAGACCCCAAGUUCUCUUCUCCCAGUGAAAUCAAGCAUUUUCCUAAAGACCAGUUCUAAACCUGUGAAACCUAGUUCUUCCCUUCCAUCAGAGAAGUCUAGCUCCCUCCCCACUGCGAAACCCAGUUCUAUACCUGAACAACCUAGUGCUCCCACGGAACCCAGUUUCUCCCUCCCCACUGAGAAACCCAGUUCUAAACCUGAACAACCUAGUGCUCCCACGGAACCCAGUUUCUCCCUCCCCACUGAGAAACCCAGUUCUAAACCUGAACAACCUAGUGCUCCCACGGAACCCAGUUUCUCCCUCCCCACUGAGAAACCCAGUUCUAAACCUGAACAACCUAGUGCUCCCACGGAACCCAGUUUCUCCCUCCCCACUGAGAAACCCAGUUCUAAACCUGAACAACCUAGUGCUCCCACGGAACCCAGUUUCUCCCUCCCCACUGAGAAACCCAGUUCUAAACCUGAACAACCUAGUGCUCCCACGGAACCCAGUUUCUCCCUCCCCACUGAGAAACCCAGUUCUAAACCUGAACAACCUAGUGCUCCCACGGAACCCAGUUUCUCCCUCCCCACUGAGAAACCCAGUUCUAAACCUGAACAACCUAGUGCUCCCACGGAACCCAGUUUCUCCCUCCCCACUGAGAAACCCAGUUCUAAACCUGAACAACCUAGUGCUCCCACGGAACCCAGUUUCUCCCUCCCCACUGAGAAACCCAGUUCUAAACCUGAACAACCUAGUGCUCCCACGGAACCCAGUUUCUCCCUCCCCACUGAGAAACCCAGUUCUAAACCUGAACAACCUAGUGCUCCCACGGAACCCAGUUUCUCCCUCCCCACUGAGAAACCCAGUUCUAAAGCCAAACAACCUAGUGCUCUUUUAGCUAGUUUUUCCCAUACCAUCUUAGAAGCCCAGCAUUAAAUCUGCAAAACGGAAUCCAGUUCAUCCCUCCCAUCCAAGAUGUUUAGCUCUCUUCCCUCUGAGAAACUGUUAUAAACCUGAGAAAGCUAGUGAUGCUAUACAAUCCAGUUCUUCCCCCUCUCGUUAGAGACCAGCAUUAAACCUG